AUGGGGAUGAAAGUGGACAACGCGUCAACGCGAUUUCUCCUUCUUCUCCAAAUCACCGUUCCUACCUUUACAAUGAGCGAUAGCGAGUCAGAUGGCACUCCGCCUCCUAGGCGAAGUUCAGGUGCAAGUGCUCGGGCCCAGCAAUGGAUGACCAAGGGUGCCCUAGUUCGCGACGACUCUGAUGAUGAACUCGGCAGUGAAGACCACCCAUGGGAUUGGAUUUACGACAAGCUCGAUGCUAUUCCAGAAGAGGGUGCAGAGGAAACCCCUGACAAGCGAAGCCGCAGACGAUCUUCACGGCCGGCCCGUCAGCGACGAAAAAUCAUCGGCGCAAGGAUGGGCACGUUCGAGUGCAAAUUGGGCGAGGUCGUUCUUUUGAAGUCACCCGAAGCAGGGAAGGAGUGGGUUGGCAUCAUCUCGGAAUUUCGGGACGAGGAGGACGAAGAAGAGGAAGGCGAAACAUACAAGUCUGCUCACAUCAUGUGGUUCGCAUCGCCUGAUGAAUUCAUUGGCACCAGGAAUAAGCGCCGGGCCGAUGCCUUGCCUAAUGAGCAAUAUAUCACUCUGGAUUUCAAUAGCAAUCCUUUGACUUCCAUAUCUGGCAAGGCUAUCGUCAUGUCUCCAAGUGCCUUUCACCAGAAAUACCCCAAUGGACCUCCGAAGAACAAGAUUGAGUUGGCGGAGUAUAACAAGUGCAUUGUUUGUCGACGAGGCGUGAAUCAGCUUCAAGGGCGCUAUACCGAUGAAUUUCGAUGGGAGGAUGAAUAUGAGAUGGGCAAUAUCCACGCACUGAUUGCCUGGCUAAGGGAACCAUUGAAGUCUUCCCGAAAACGCAGAGCUGCGGACGAUGACUAUGCGGAUACUAAAGAAACCGAAGCCCCUACUACACCAAGAAAGAGGCAGCGGAUGACAACAAGCGCUACACCAAAGUCACAACGCAAGAAGGCCUUGACAACCCCAACCCACAAACGCAUCGUUGUGAAAAAGCCUCUCGAAUUUACACCCCUGGGCACUCGUGUUCUCUCACCCACACAUUUUGAUUCUCCCUACCGUCAAGCUCGCAACCUGCUACAUGUUUCCACUGUUCCUGAUGCGCUUCCAUGCCGAAAGAACGAGUUCAAUACAGUAUACAAUCAUCUCAGUGCCGCCAUCAUGGAAGGCACAGGAGCUUGUAUCUACAUUUCCGGUACUCCCGGUACUGGAAAGACUGCCACGGUGCGCGAGGUAGUUGCACAGCUCAACGCUGCUGUGCACGAAGAAGAAAUGGACGACUUCAUCUUCGUCGAAAUCAAUGGCAUGAAAGUCACGGAUCCACAUCAAUCAUACUCCCUACUGUGGGAAGCUUUGAAGGGUGAUCGUGUAUCGCCAUCUCAUGCACUGGAUUUGCUUGAGCAGGAAUUCUCACACCCUUCUCCUCGUCGCGUCUCUUGCGUUGUGCUCAUGGAUGAACUUGACCAGCUGGUUACAAAGAACCAGUCAGUCAUGUACAACUUCUUCAAUUGGCCGGCCCUCCGCCACUCGCGUCUCAUCGUCUUGGCCGUUGCAAAUACCAUGGAUCUUCCUGAAAGAACCCUGAGUAACAAGAUCUCCAGUCGUCUGGGCCUCACCCGUAUCACAUUCCCGGGUUACCGCCACACAGACCUGAUGGAGAUCAUAAGUACGCGUCUUGCUAACGUGCCGGGCAAUAUCGUUGAUCCAGAUGCAGUCCAAUUCGCCAGUCGAAAAGUCGCCGCCGUGAGUGGUGACGCAAGACGAGCUUUGGACAUCUGCCGACGAGCUGUCGAGAUUGCCGAGCAAGCAGCAGAAGAGGCCGGCACAAUAGAAGACAUUACGAACGAAGAGAACGGGGCGCUACCUCCUACGCCUAGUAAGUCUGCCGCUCGUCGCAACAAGGCAAGCGCAGCCAAGCCGGCUGGCGAGUUGGCUGUUGCCAAGACUGCGGCUACCAAGGGCCAGCCGGGUCGUGUCACAAUUGCUACAAUCAAGCAAGCCAUCCACGAGGCUACCUCCACCCCCCUCCAACAAUCCCUGCGCUGUCUCCCAUUAUCAGGAAAACUAUUCCUCGCCGCUCUUUUGGCGCGUGUUCACCGCACAGGUAUCUCAGAAUCGACAUUCGGUGAUGUUCUUGACGAGGCUCGCCGCAUUGGCGAUGCUGCGGUGGCUGUGGCUGGAGCAGCUGGAGCCGGAGUUAAGGACUUCCUUCUCGGAGGAGGACCCAGCGCGCGAGUCCGAUCCAUGGGUAAUGCGGCUAUGUCGCUCAUGAACUCGGGUGUCUUGGCGUUGGAGCAAGGCACCGGAUCUAAGAGCGUGCUCGGUGGCACAACAAUCCCCACUCGUGGUGAUCGCAGUAGCAAAGUGCGACUUCGAGUUGCCGCGGAAGAUGUCCGAUCUGCUUUCCGUGAGGAUCUUGAGGCUAAAGGGUUUGGGCUGGGAAUUGAGCAAUGA